GUCAAAAUACGGCGACGUGUUCCUCAACUACACGUCUAUACCGUCGGCACGGUGGGGUCAACGCCAUGUGCACACGACACAGGCGAACUCCCCAGUCCCCACGGUCCACGGCCCACGCACUCACGGGGCAGCAACACGCAGGAUCCAUCUCUUGGUGUCAGCUCCGGUUGACGAAAGAGGCAACGUCCCGGGGGGAGAGGGUUGAUAAAAAGGGCAAGAUCCCGGGGGAACAGGGCCACAGGGGGGGAUCAGCCGAGCAGGAGAUAGAAGAAGAAGGAACUCAAGGAAUCGCCCUGAGGCUAUUGAUUGUGUUCACAACAAAUAAAGGCCAAGCCAAUGGCUGAUCACAACAUUCAGCAAGCACUAUUACCUGAUAAACCUGAUAUGCUCCAAAGAAUGCCGUCAGAAGGAGCUAAACGGUUUCGAAGAUGCAGGACGACUCCCAAAUCAGAUACUGAUAAAAAACCAGAACUAAAUGGCUCAUCACUUCCAGCCAAGGAGUUAUUCAAGGACAUACGACCAAGCUUCAGACUAGUGGGGUUACUCCUAUUUGUCUACCUACUAGUGGGAGGUGGCGUCUUUUACCUUGUCAUGGAUCAGAUAUCUGGGAAAAGAACCAGCAGAGUGAUUGAUGCAUUGUACUUCUGUAUUGUCACAAUGACAUCAGUUGGUUAUGGAGACCUUGUCCCUAGGAGUGAUGCAACAAAGCUACUCGCUUGUGCCUUCGUCUUCACCGGCAUGGCAAUCAUUGCUCUCUUUGUGAGCAAAUCAGCAGAUUAUCUUGUCGAAAAGCAGGAGGUAUUGUUCUUCAAAGCACUGCACAUGAAUAUGAAGUGUGGUGAGGCAAAAUUGCUCAGAGCAAUGGAGACAAACAAGACAAAGUACAAAUUGUACACAGCUGCUCUACUUCUUGUGACAACCAUUGUUGCUGGGACUGUUUUUCUGUGGAAGGUUGAGAAGCUGAGUCUUGUUGAUUCCUUCUACUGUGUUUGUGCCACAAUUACUACCCUGGGUUAUGGGGAUAAAAGCUUCUCAUCCAAAUUGGGGCGCAUUUUCGCUAUAUUUUGGAUAAUCACGAGCACUAUAAUUGUUGCACUUUUCUUCAUGUACCUUGCUGAGGUCUACACCGAGCGACGGCAACAAAUGCUGGCAAAAUGGGUUCUCACACGGAAGACGACCACCACGGAUCUUGAAGCAGCUGAUCUGGAUAGUGAUCGACAUGUGUGUGCUGCUGAAUUUGUCUUGUACAAGCUCAAAGAGCUGGGGAAGAUCAACCAAGAGGAUAUAUCUUCUUUUCUGGAUGAGUUUGACAAACUCGACAUUGACCAGUCAGGCACACUCUCCUCGUAUGACCUUACUCUGGCCCAAUCGGGUCAGUGACAGAUGGAUGGGCUUGGGCUUGUACGUAUUCUGAUGUUAAUUAAUUAUUAUGUAAUCUAGUACUCACUAGAAAAAUUAUUAUCUAAUGUCUUUAAAGAAACUACGUACAGUUGAUCUUGUACACGGAACAUAGUGGAUCUGCUCAUAUGCACCUGAACAUGUGUAACAGCAUUGCUAAAGUUUUUCUGAGCAAUACAUGUGCGUGUGAAGUUUGUUAAGCUA